AAAAAUCUCUCUCUGUCUAAAUCCCAGUUCCCCUCUCAUGGAUUCUUUUUCCCCCUCCUAUAAUGAAACAGUCGCCGGAGCUCUAGACGGCACUAAAGAAACUCAAUUCUUUCACUAAUUACUGACGGUCAAGAGGAAAACGAAAAUGGGUUGUUGCAGAACAUUGUUGUAGUGUUCACGAUGAGCAUUAGAAGUUGAGAUUCUUUUUUUUUUCUCUCUCUCUCUCUCUCUGCGUUUUCUUCUUCCUCUUCUUUUGAGGAUAGGAUAAGAGUGGUGUCAAAAAGAUGGUAUCUUUGGGGAUCAAUUUGGUGAUGACCGUGAUAGGAUUUGCUGUUAGCACUAUGUUCAUGGUGUUUGUGUGCACGAGGCUGGUUUGUGCUCGGAUUCAACACAAUGCUUCUCGAAGAUCUUUUCUUGUUGCUUCUAGAUCUGAUCUCAAUAUGCUGGAACGGGGUUCACACGGUAUAGAGCCUAUAGUUGUUGCCAACUUUCCAACAAAGAAGCACAGUGAUGAGUUCUUCUCUGGCACAGAAGAUGCUCAAUGCACUGUUUGCCUUUCAGAAUACCAGCACGAAGACACGUUGCGUAUCCUUCCCUACUGUGGGCAUUUCUUCCAUGUGACCUGCAUAGACAUAUGGCUGCAACAGCAUUCCACUUGCCCUGUCUGCCGAAUAUCCCUACGUGAAUUUCCUGAGAGAAAGUGCUUGAUGCAACCAUUGUUUAGUUCAGCUGCUCGAUCUCGUUACAGCACAGAAUCCUUUCAUGCACAUUCUAAUAAUUGUUUGUUGAGGGGACAUGCCUUUUCCUCAAGAAACCAUCCCAGCCAUGGGAUGGACCCUGUUCAAGAGAAUCAUUCUCCUCCUGAGGGUGAUCGAGCAGAAGCAGAGGGGGACAUUUUCCCCUCAGCAGAAGGUAAUCAAGCCAUAAAAGACUCAAGAAACAAGAAUGUAGAGAGCCCAUCAAAUACCUAAAACACAUUGGCUUCUCGGAAUUUAAGAGCCUUCAUUGAGGCAUCUGAUCACAGGAACUUAAGACCUGGCAUAUCCAACAUAAAUUGAAACUCAAAUUCUACUGGAGCUGUCUCAAGGAGCCUAGUGCUUUCCCCUUGUGACUUGCUGUAAAUAUUGCAAAAAUGAAACGCCUUUUUAACCCUUAGUGGCUGGUUUCUGGCAGUUUUGAUCAGUUGUAAAACUACAAUUAGUUUUAAGUUUGCAGGUUGAGGUUGUAGUUACUCUCUCCUAGUAAUUGCUUUUGUCUGCAUGCACAAACAGCCACGUUCUAUUUUGCACAUCGUACAUGAAUUUCUGUUUUUUGGGUCCUCCAUAAAUGCAAUGCAACUCCAUCGUGGAUCUCAAAAUUCUGGUAUAUAUAAAAUGGACUGUCUACC